UCCCACCAAUUACCGACCGGACUUGUCACUUUCAGUGCGGCCCUGGUGGCGCUACGUUGCCUUCUUUUCGUUUUAAUACUUGACAAACAUGGGUAUCGACAUUAACCAUAAACACGACCGUAAGGUUAGGCGCACAGAACCCAAAAGUCAAGAUGUGUAUCUUCGACUUUUAGUUAAGUUGUACCGCUAUUUGGCCCGUCGUACCGGUGCCAAGUUCAACAAAAUUAUCCUGAAGAGAUUGUUUAUGAGCAAGAUCUACAGGCCCCCAAUUUCCUUGGCCAGAGUUGUGCGUUUGAUGAAGAAACCUGGUCGUGAAGGUCUUACUGCCGUUAUUGUUGGAACUGUAACUGACGAUUCCAGAAUUUGGGAAGUUCCAAAAUUGUCGAUCUGUGCAUUAAGAGUGACAGAAACUGCUAGAGCCAGGAUUCUCAAAGCAGGUGGUGAAGUAAUCACUUUCGAUCAGUUGGCUCUGAAGGCUCCAACCGGUUCAAAGACUGUGUUGUUGCAAGGCAGACGUAACGCUCGUGAGGCCGUGAAACACUUUGGACCAGCUCCUGGUGUGCCACACAGCAACACUAAACCAUACAUCCGUUCCAAGGGACGCAAGUUUGAAAGGGCUCGUGGUCGCAGGCGUUCUUGCGGAUACAAAAAAUAGAGUAAUGUUAAUACAUUUGUCUAAGCUGUUACUCAUAAUUCCUUUUUGAAUAAAUUUUGAGAAAUAGCACUUG